GAUGACAUCGAUGUUGGCAUCGAUGUUUCUCCGUAUCAACCAUCCGCCGUGUUGUACUUUUCGAUCGCGGAUGUGUGCUUUUCGAUCUCGCGAUCUUUUGCAAUAGUACAUAUAUAUUGCACAGUGACAACAGAGAAAGAGAACAACAACUGCAUAUGCGAUUUAGCAGGCGUGUGUUCUUUUGUGUGCGUGGGUGUGCGAAAAAAUAAUAAUAUUUAACCGCAAUGAACGACCAAGAAAAACAACAGCUGCAGCAACAGCAGCAGCACUACUAUCAAGUCGACUGGAAGACGGUUAAUAGUCAUGGAAACUCGUUAUCAGACAGCCGGGAUUAUGAUACCAACUCGUCGCGCAAUUCGCUCUCCGGCUCCCCGCCCGUCGCCUCGAAUUCCUCCAUGGGUUCCCUGGAUUUCGACAGGCCGCUGUCCCAGUUGCUCACCCCAAAGCUGGAGGCAGAUGGGCUGGGCAUCAUCCACGGCGAUAGCUACAGCAUCUACGGCAGCCAGGCGGCCGAAUCCACCACCAGUGGCGAGCAACAGGUGCUUAAUCUGGGCCUGUCGCUGGACUCGGCGGACGUCCAGGCGUCCUACAGUACCUUAUUCUCGCAGGAACUCAAUCCAUCGCAAACGCACACACAUCCACAAAUCGUUCCCAGCGGCAGUGGCAAUAGUUUCCCGCUCGCGGCCGAACUAACGCCCAUGCCCAUCACGGUCAUACCCAUCACAUAUCAUCAUGCCACCGAAAAUCUCAGCUCUAGCCUCUCCGAAGUUCCACUGAUAGCCAGUCUCAGCGAGAGCACCGCCCAGGUGUUCAAUCUGGAUGACAUCUGCUUCACACUGGAGUACCAGUUUGAGAACCAGAAGCUCGUCCAGGUCCAGCCGCCCACCGUGGUCUCCCUCAGCAUGGUGUCCACCACCGGCGAUGGCGCAACUCCAUCGAUCAACUGUGAUAUUGACCAGGGAACGGCGAACUGCAACUCCAGGGGCUCGGAAUCCAAUUCCCCGGCUUAUUUCACUAUUGAGACGAGCUAUGUGGAUGAGUACGAUCCAAAUGACCCGGACGAGGACGAACAGCUGUCGCACUGCAUCCAACCCGGUGUUCUGCACCAAGAUGCCGUGGAGCAGGAGGAGGAGGAGGAGGAAAGGCAGGACGAGAACGACCAGCUCAUGGCGUUGGCCUACGAGAGUUCGGAUGAGGCUUUGAGUCGCUAUAGAUGUAACUACGAGAACUGUUAUCGCAGUUACAGCACAAUUGGAAACCUGAGGACGCACUUAAAGACGCACACGGGCGACUACAGCUUCAAAUGCCCGGAAGAUGGAUGCCACAAGGCCUUCCUCACAUCCUACAGCCUGAAGAUCCAUGUCCGCGUCCACACGAAGGUGAAGCCCUACGAGUGCGAGGUGACCGGCUGCGAUAAGGCCUUCAACACGCGCUACAGAUUGCACGCCCACCUGCGGCUGCACAAUGGCGAGACUUUCAACUGCGAGCUGUGCCAGAAGUGCUUCACCACGCUGAGCGACCUGAAGAAGCAUAUGCGCACCCACACCCAGGAGCGGCCGUACAAGUGCCUGGAGGACGACUGCGGCAAAGCCUUCACCGCCUCGCACCACCUGAAGACCCACCGGCGGACGCAUACGGGCGAAAAGCCGUAUCCCUGCCAGGAGGACAGCUGCCAGAAGUCGUUCAGCACUUCGCACAGCCUGAAGUCCCACAAGAAGACGCACCAGCGGCAGUUGCUCAACAAGGGCCGCAAGAAGAGGCCACUGAAGACGCACAGGCCACAGGAUCAACAGGAUCCCCAGCAGGAGGAGCCGGAGGAAGAGGAGCACCCCAACGUGAAGUCGGCGGCGGAGGUGAUGGUGCUUAAUCCAAGCAGUCACUGCUCCGAAGCCACCAGCACGGACAGCGGAGUGGUUCUCCAUACACUCACGCCGCAAGACCAGCUUUCCAAUGUGUUCGUCCUCCAGGGCAAUGAGCCUCUGGUCCUACCCGAGACUUCGCAGGCCUACCAACUCUCCUUCGCCGCCGAGGAGGAAAUACCCAGUCCGUGGAUCGAUGCCGGCGUCCUUGUCUCCAAGCCCAUCAUUCCCAUGGCUCCGCUGACCGAUGCCUGCGUGGCCCUGCCCACCGAGAUGCCCAGUUUCGUGGACCUGAAGCCCACAUUCGGCCAUGCUGUGAGCGGCAACAUGGGAGAUCCGCAGGCGGAGACCAUGGAGGUGGACGCCGCCGCGGUGGAGCCCUCGCUACCCACUCCCACCUUGGAGUUGAAUCAACAAAACAUCGAGGAGCUGCUGAAGCAGGACAGCUUCGGCAACGAGGAGGACAUGGAAACGGAGUCGCUGCUGAACGACAUCCUCAUGACCAUCGACAACAACAGCGCCCUGUUGCAGGCCACACUGCAGCAGGCCUCCCAAGUGCCCAGCGAUGCCUCGGGAUUGGUGGAACUGGACAUUCGGGACAACAAGCCCACGCUCAAGCAGAUCACAGCGGAUGCGGGCAUCUGCAAUUGCACCAACUGCAAGUGCGAUCAGACCAAGAGCUGUCACGGUGGCGACUGUGGUGCUUCUGCUGCUGCUGCUGCCCAAAAGGUUACUACUACCACAUCGAUGAAUUCCAGCAGCGGUGGCAAACGCAUUUGCGGCAGCGUGGCGCCCACCAAAAAAGUGAGUAAACGCGAGGCGGAAAUGAACCAGAACAUCGAGGAUGUUGCUUUGCUGCUGCAAAACCUGGCUUCCAUGGGUGGCGGUGGCUCCUCCGGUGGCGGCGGCAGCGGCGGUGGUUGCUGCGGAGGUGGUGCAGCCGCCAAGCCAGCACCUUCUCCCGGAGGCUGCUGUGGAGAGCCAAAGGCUGUAGAGCCCGUGAAGACAGGUUGUGGCUGUGCCCAGCCGCGGAGUGUCCCCUCCUCCGGCGGUUGUUGCGGCAGUGGAGCUGCUCCUGCUCCUACUGCAGCUCCUCCAGCCUCGGGCUGUUGUUCUGGCCGGGGAAAAGGAGCUCAGGAGCCGCCAGUCAUCAGCAGCGCUCCCGCUGUCGCCGUCAAGGGCAACGCCUGCACCUGCAAGAGUCCGGCGGAGGGCGUGGCCAACGGCUGCUGCGUGGUGAUCUGCAUUAAAACGCUGCAAGCGCUCCGCAAAGUUCUGACGCGCCGGAAUCUGAACCUAAUGCUUUGUCCACAGCAGAACUAAACUAAGUACUACCUAUGUACACUAAUCCCAAAGACCCAUAAGUCCCAGAGCCCAGAGAAUUCAAUCCUCAAUCAAGUAUUGUGCCUCUAAAAAGUAUUUUCCCCAUAAAGAACGAAAGCAAGAGACCAAAAAAAAAACCGAAAUUAUGAAAGUGCAUUUAAGCGAAUCGAUUAAAUCAAAUGUGAUUCCAGCGGAGGCUGGCCGCGCUACAACUUACAUUACAAAAGCUAUCCCACAACUGAUAUAUAAGCGUUAUGAACCCCAAAGUAUGUAGAAACCCAAAGCAGCUUCCGGUGAGCAGAUAAACAAAAAACAGAUUGCCAUAAAUCCAAUGUGGGAAUGAUAUGACCACCUUAUCAGACAAUAAAAAACAUGGCAGACUAUGUAGUAUAUGGCCAAUUGAUAUAUAUGUACGACCAGAUAGUUAAUAGAAUGCCGUCAGCUCCCCUUUAUCUAAAGCUCGUUCUUGUUUUUGUACAUUUUUAAUAUUUAACAUGUUAGAUAUCUUCGAGUUUAUCUAAAACUAACAAUUAUGUUUUAUUACUACCCCACAUCCAAAGCGAUCAAUGCCUUUAGGAACGUAAUAUCUAUGGGUGGUUAUCAAAUACUUUUGUGUUUUUUUAAUCGAGUUUAUGAAGCUUUAUAUCAUGCCAAAUAUGAACAGAAACAUAUUUUCUAUUGUUUUCUUAUACAAGUAUACCCAAAGUUAAAUCAUUUGUAUAAAGUCGAAUAAAACAUAAAACUAAA